UAUAUCACCGAACGAUCAAGUUCUUAUCACCAGUUAUCAUCGCGUUGUUCGCAUACAUAACGAGUAAAACAAAUUAAUAAAAUUCUUUAUCAUCUAUGAUAGUCCGUCCCGCGCGACAACGGUUAAAAAAACAAAACAAAACGACCGCUACCGGUUGCGUACACAACGCGUCACGUGUUGACGAUCCUUCCGAUAUUCGAGACCCAUUUCGUUCCGUCAGCCGUUCCCGCUUCGCCAACAUGAGUCUCGUGUUCAAGAAAAGAGACGGCCGACGACCACUGGACGAGCAGACCGUCGUCCAGGCACGGCAGUCGUUGCACUUGUUGCCGUGUAAGAUACAUCCGCGGUCGCCGGACUCCGACAAGCAAACCUUCUCGGCUCCGGUUGACCGAUAUUUCCGUCCGUACACGGACGCCACGGCCGACGAGGAGAACGGCGCCUUGUGGCACGCGUCGCUGCGCGGUAAACCGUUGACAGGCGUCGAACUCAACAUGCCGGAUGGCUACGUCGGGAUCUUGUGCAGCAGUAAAGUCGAGCCGGACAAUUUUGAGGCGACCGUCAAAGUGACUGCUGACGACGAAGUGACUCGGCAAUUGAUGUAUUGGAAUUGGGACCGUGUUCCGACACGGGAGGACCCCUUGUUAGCUGCAUUCGACUGGGUACGAGUGUCUGAGGCUAUGGCCUAAUCGACUCCCUAUUAUGUAUUAUUAUAUUUCCAUAUAUAUAAAUAUAUAUCAGUGUACAAUGUGCUGCGAGUUGAAAAUCCAACAUUUUUCAACAUUGCUGUUGUUCAUAAUACCUAUUUUAGUUUUUAAGCAUUUUUAAUUGAUAUGGUAAUAAAAAAAAUAAAAUAAUGUAUAUAUAUUUUUUUUGUUCUUUAUUUUUGUUGUACAAUCUGUGAAAUGCUUUUACAAUAAGUACAAGUGGGAAGAGUUGUUAAUGAUAUUUACAAAUAAGUAUUAUCGAGACAGUGGUCAUGAUCGAAGAAGCCAACCAUUGUUGGGACUUCGGUAAAAUAAUGUAUAUAUUUUUAAAUAAAAGUAAUUUCCAUGUUUGUGCUCUUAA